GCAAUAAUUUGAGUAAUAGUAGUAGUAUUUUUUUCUCAGUGACGGUUUUCAGCAGCCUUUUUCUCUGUACUCGUGGCUCCAUGUGUUUGUAACUUAAAAGCGUUAGGAAUAUUCUCAAUAUCUUUUUUUUUUUUGCAUAUACGGUGGUGUUCCCUUAUUAUCCUCACGGGAUUCCUGAAUCUGAUGAGAAGUGGGAUUGAGAAAAGCACAAAUCUUGGAGCUUUUUACCAGUCAGAGAAGAAGAAAGAGAAAGAGAAAGAUAAAGAGAAGAAGAAGAAGAUGAAGAAGGAGGAGGAGGUGGGGAAGAAGAUAACUAUUGGUGUUUGUGUAAUGGAAAAGAAGGUGAAAUGUGGCUAUGAGGUCUUUUCAGCUCCAAUGGAGCAGAUUCUUGAAAGACUCCAGUGUUUUGGUGAAUUUGAGGUUGUGUACUUUGGGGACAAAGCUAUUCUUGAGGAUCCAAUUGAGAGCUGGUCGUUAUGCGAUUGCUUGAUUGCUUUCUACUGCAGUGGAUAUCCUUUGAAGAAGGCAGAAGCAUAUGCUUCAUUAAGAAAGCCUUUCCUGGUGAAUGAAUUGGAGCCACAAUACCUUCUUCAUGAUAGGAGGAAAGUAUAUGAGCGUCUUGAGAUGUUUGGCAUUCCUGUGCCAAGGUAUGCUUGCGUUCACAGAGAAGUACCAUACCAACAUUUGGAUUAUUUUGUUGAAGACGAUGACUUUGUUGAAGUUCAUGGGAAUCGUUUUUGGAAACCUUUUGUGGAAAAGCCUGUUAAUGCUGAUGACCACAGAAUAAUGAUUUACUAUCCUAGUUCUGCUGGCGGGGGAAUGAAGGAAUUGUUUCGAAAGGUUGGUAACCGCUCAAGUGAGUUCCAUCCAGAGGUUAGAAGGGUAAGACGUGAAGGAUCCUACAUAUAUGAGGAAUUCAUGCCCACAGGAGGAACAGACGUUAAGGUGUAUACAGUUGGUCCAGAUUAUGCACACGCAGAGGCAAGGAAGUCUCCUGUUGUUGAUGGUGUUGUUAUGAGAAAUCCUGAUGGGAAAGAAGUUCGGUAUCCUGUUCUACUUACCCCUGCAGAGAAGCAAAUGGCCAGAGAAGUUUGCAUUGCCUUUAGGCAAGCAGUUUGUGGCUUCGACCUAUUGCGUAGUGAGGGGCGUUCAUAUGUUUGUGAUGUGAACGGCUGGAGCUUUGUGAAGAACUCUUACAAGUACUAUGAUGAUGCUGCGUGUGUGUUGAGGAAGAUGUUUCUAGAUGCGAAAGCUCCACAUCUUUCAUCGACAAUCCCACCAACUUUACCGUGGAAAGUUAGUGAACCAGUUCAACCUACUGAGGGGUUAACGCGUCAAGGAAGUGGGCUGAUCGGCACUUUUGGACAAUCAGAGGAGCUACGAUGUGUAGUUGCAAUUGUUCGGCACGGUGAUAGAACUCCAAAACAGAAAGUGAAGUUGAAGGUUACUGAGGAAAAACUCUUAAAUUUGAUGUUAAAGUACAAUGGCGGUAAACCUAGAUCAGAGACAAAGCUUAAAACAGCUGUGCAGUUGCAAGAUCUUCUGGAUGCCACCAGAGCCCUAGUGCCACGUUCUAGGCCUGGCCGGGAGAGUGAUAGUGAAGCUGAAGAUAUUGAGCAUGCUGAGAAACUUCGUCAAGUAAAAGCUGUUCUUGAGGAGGGAGGACAUUUUUCUGGCAUUUAUAGAAAGGUUCAGCUAAAACCGCUGAAGUGGGAUAAAGUUGCUAAGUCCAAUGGUGAAGGUGAAGAAGAACGGCCUGUUGAAGCUCUUAUGGUUCUAAAAUAUGGAGGUGUUCUCACUCAUGCUGGCAGAAAGCAGGCUGAAGAGCUUGGAAGAUACUUCCGGAAUAACAUGUAUCCAGGUGAAGGAACAGGCCUCCUUCGCCUCCAUAGUACAUAUCGCCAUGACUUAAAAAUAUACAGCUCGGAUGAGGGCCGUGUGCAGAUGUCUGCAGCUGCAUUUGCUAAAGGUCUACUUGACUUGGAAGGCCAAUUGACACCGAUCCUGGUGUCGCUGGUUAGCAAGGAUUCUUCAAUGCUUGAUGGGCUUGAUAAUGCCAGUAUUGAAAUGGAAGAUGCUAAGGCACGGUUGAAUGACAUAAUUACUUCUGGAACAAGGGUACUUCAUAACAAUGGAUCAGCAGAUAAACCUUGGAUGGUUGAUGGAGCAGGACUCCCUCCGAAUGCGUCUGAACUGCUGCCCAUAUUGGUGAAAUUUACUAAGAAGGUGACAGAGCAAGUGAGGCUUCUCGCUAAGGAUGAGGAUGAAGAACUUGCAGAGGCAAGCCCAUACGAUGUUAUUCCACCUUAUGAUCAAGCUAGAGCGCUUGGUAAAACAAAUAUUGAUGUCGAUCGUAUUGCUGCGGGUUUACCGUGUGGUAGCGAGGGAUUUCUACUCAUGUAUGCUAGAUGGAGAAAACUAGAGAGGGAUUUAUAUAACGAACGGAAAGGCCGUUUUGAUAUUACGCAAAUUCCAGAUGUUUACGACUCCUGCAAGUAUGAUCUUUUGCACAAUUCACAUCUGAAUUUAGGGGGGUUGAAUGAACUUUUUAAGGUUGCUCAGCUACUUGCAGAUGGUGUUAUUCCAAAUGAAUACGGGAUAAAUCCAAAGCAGAAGCUAAAGAUUGGAUCAAAGAUUGCUCGCCGCUUGUUGGGUAAGAUUAUGAUUGAUCUGAGGAAUACCCGUGAAGAAGCUCUAAGUGUGGCUGAGUUGAAAGGCAGUCAAGACAAUUUGGUGGUGAGUAAGACAACAAAGGAAGAUACAGAGUAUCAUACCAAGCCUCACUCUCGUAAUGAAGAGUCUAGAAGAACUAGCUUCAAUAGUGAGAGAUCCAUGGAUCAAGAUGAUGAUGAUGACAAAGAGAUUAAGUACCGCUUAGAUCCAAAGUAUGCGAAUGUCAGGACACCAGAAAGACAUGUGCGAACACGCCUGUACUUCACAUCAGAGUCGCAUAUCCAUUCCUUGAUGAACGUUCUUCGUUAUUGUAACCUGGAUGAGUCUCUUCAAGAAGAGGCCAGCCUUGUGUGUGAUAAUGCUUUGGAUCGCUUGUACAGAACCAAGGAGCUGGAUUACAUGAGUUAUAUUGUAUUGAGGAUGUUCGAGAGCACAGAGGUCGCCCUGGAAGACCCCAAAAGGUUCCGCAUAGAGCUGACUUUUAGCCGUGGUGCCGAUCUAUCACCAUUAGAGGUAAAUGAUGAGAUAGCUGCUUCACUGCAUCAAGAGCACUUACUGCCAAUAAUGGGUCCUGAAAGGCUUCAAGAAGUCGGUUCAUAUCUUACGUUGGAAAACAUGGAAAAACUGAUCCGUCCAUUUGCCAUGCCUGCUGAAGAUUUCCCACCACCAUCAACUCCUCAGGGGUUCUCUGGAUAUUUCUCGAAAAGUGCAGCAGUUCUAGAGCGUCUAGCAAAAAUUUGGCCCUUCCACAAGCAUGGGAACAGUAAUGGCAAGUAGUGCAGUCUUUUCCCCUGUUGGAUGGCUUUCUCUCAAACUAUGGUGGGGAGAUUACUUCCAGAAUUCUGGAAGAGGAGCUGUAGCUAUACUGCCAAUUUCCUUCUUUUAGACGUCCUUUUACCUUAUUUGUUGUCUCUUUGUCUUCCAUUAUUCACUCAUGUAGAUAGGGAAAAAUUUUGCAGUGAUGUCUAGAGCCACACAAAACCUACAUUUAUAACAGAGGCGCCUAAAAUGUAAAUGUGCUCUACUUUGAAAUAUAGUUUGUUAUUUGAUCUUUCC